AUGAGUUAUUUUUGCUGGCCAAAUACCUCUGGCGGUGGCGAGAAGAGCAGUGGAGGGACAGAAAAUAAGUCGAUGUGUGAGAGCUGCGUGAAGCUACCUUUUCGGCUUUUCCUCCGUCUCUCCUCUUGCCUUUGGGGCUGCGCCAAGUGCUGCGUUUCCUUCUCUCAGCGCUGCUUCAAAUGCUCUUGUUGUCUUGUUAAGACCGUUGGCGCUGUGGCUGUUUAA